AUGAAGGUUCUCGAGAAUUCCAGCAAACACAACACGCCCAAGAAGCACAAGACUUUCCAGGUGAGUAGAUCUAUAGGGGUGGCGCCUAGACACCCAUAUAUAUCCCUCAAGCAUCCGCGCCUAGAGCUCGAAAUGUAGCUCUCAAGCAGCCAUCCCUUGACCACUAGUUUUUUCUCCCAAGCAGUCUCUUCUACACCUCAUAUAGCUCUCAAGCAACUGCUCCUAGAGCUUGAUAUCUAGCUCUCAAGCAGCGAAGGCUUGUAUCUCAAUUUAGCUCACAAGCAGUGGCCCCUAGAGCUCUCUAUCUUCCUUCCAAGCAAUGAUCUCUUGUUAUCAUAAUUUAGCUAUCAAGCAGCCAUCCCUACACACCUAUUUUGCUCUGAAGCAGCCAUCCCUUGUCCCUUAGUUUCUAUCCCAAGCAGUAUCUUCUAGAGGUCUGAUUCAUCUCACAAGCAGCCUCUCCUAGACCCUCAUAUAGCCCUCUAGAAACCGCGCCUAGUGCUUGAUAUAUCGUUCCCAAGCAAACGUCCCUAGUGUUCAAUAUCUGUCUGCCAAGCAACCAUCCCUUGACCCCAUCUUCUCUCCCAAGCAGCCUCUCCUAGACCCCCUAUAUAGAUCUAAAGCAGUCGUCCCUAUAGCUUGAUAUAUUACUCCCAAGCAGCCAUCCCUUGACCCCAAUCCUGUCUCUCCAAGCAGCCAUCCCUUGACCCAUCUUCUCUCUCAAGCAGCCAUUCCUUGACCCCAUCCUCUCUCUCUCUCAAGCAACCAUCCCUUGACCCCAAUCUUCUCUCCCAAGCAGCCAUUCCUUGACCCCCAUCUUCUCUCCCAAGCAGCCAUCCCUUGACCCCCAUCUUCUCUCCCAAGCAACCAUCCCUUAACCCUCAUAUAUAUUUCCAGCACUAUCUCCCAUCGGGCGAUCGUUGUUAUAGCUGUGUGCAUUGCCGUGCCAACCUAGCCUCACACACCGAACUCAUCUCCAAAUCAUUUCAAGGAAGUCAGGGAAAAGCCUACCUUUUUAAUGCCGUGUAAGUUAUUUUUGUCCUCGAGAACUACACUGAUUAGCUAUUCAUAAUGUGUGUGUGUGUGUGUACUUCUCUCGGACAAUAUUUAUUGUCCUCGAGAAGUACACACGGAUUAUUCUAUUUUUCGCCGGAAAUUGUUUUUUUGCUAUGAAUUUGCAUCGAUUUUUCACAAAAACUUGUCCUCGAGAACUACACAACUCGAAAAAUUUCAAAUUCAAAUUUUUCAGCGUAAACGUGGGUUGUGGUCCAGCCGAGGAACGUGUUUUGCUAACGGGUCUUCACGCCGUCGCUGAUAUUUAUUGUGAAAUUUGCAAAACCACGUUGGGAUGGAAAUAUGUGAGUUUUGCGCUGAAAUUUCGCUGAAAAUCGAGUUUUUUGACCCAAAAUUCAUUGAAAUUGCGCAUUUUUACCAUGAAAAAUUUGAAUUUCCCUCCAAAAUUCACAUAAUUUGCGCCAGCUAUUGUUUUGCUGGCGCAUUUGUUGUUCUCAAAGUUCAAAACGAGAAAAACAAGCUUUUCUUCCCUUUUUCUUCCAAAUAGCGGCAAAAAGAGGAGAAAAACAAAAACAUUAUCGAUUUUUUGGGGGAAUUUUAUGAAAAACCCUAUUUUUGACUAGGAAAAGCCAUGAUUUUCACGUAAAAAUCGAUAUUUUCUCAUUAGAGCGCGUUUGCUCCACCGAAUUCGCAUUUUUCCCAAAUUUCCCCCUUCAAAACCCCUCAAAACUCACCGAUUUUCCAGGAACACGCUUUCGAGUCGAGCCAAAAAUACAAAGAGGGCAAAUACAUCAUCGAAUUGGCUCAUAUGGUCAAAGACAAUGGUUGGGACGAGAAAUCGAGCUGAAAAUAUUGAUUUUUGUGUCUGAAAAUUGCGAUUUUUCCCCGUAUUUAUUUAUUUAUUUGAUCUCCCCACAUGAUUUUUCGUCUUUUUUGUACAUAUUCAUAUUUUUCAUUGAAAUUUAGGUAAAAACCUGGUUUUUUCCCCACCCAAAACACCAAAAUAUAGGUCAAAAUUCACUGGUUCCCACCCAUUCCACCCCGAUUUCCCGAUUUCCCAAUUUCCCACCCGAAAAGCCCGAAAAAAAUAAAUUUUCCCGUCCCGAAAUAAAAAAAUUCAAAAAAAUUGCGUUGUUCGCUGGAGCGCACUUGCGCGUUUGUCCAUUCGAAAACCUGUUUUUUUUUGUUUUUCAGCUGAAUCAGAAGAAAAAAACGAGUAA